UGGUUGGCAGUGGGUGUAUGGUCGAUUCCCCGAGGGGAGCCUAUCAUCGAUCGCUCUGGCGACACACAGUGCACAUUAUGGGUGUUUGAAUAAAAAAUUUCAUCUGUCGACCCAAAAAAGAAGAAAGAGCAUAGCCCAGCAAAGGAACAGCUCAUUCAAUCAAUUAUUCAGCUCAGCUCAGCUCAGCUCAGCUCAGUUUUCCUUUCUUCAUCUUCAUCACCAUGGCCAAUCUCUCUCUCUAGUUUCUACUCUUCCUCUCUCUCUCUCUCUCUCUCUCUCUGUCUAAUCCAAUCCGCUGCUUAUCAUCUGCUCAACUGCAUCAGUUGUUUGUUUGUUCCAAUCGACGAGCAGUCAGAUCUCAGCAUGGGAAAGCGAGAUGGUGGCAUGUUUCUCGUUUGACUGUGAUCAGUGAUUAGUUCUGUUGGGAUCGGCUUGUCCUCUGUCCUUCAAGAAAGAAGAAAAAGAAGAAUCAUGGCGGCUGAGCUUGUCAAUUCUGCAACAAGUGACAAAUUGGCAGAGAUGGAUUGGAUGAAGAACAUUGAGAUCUGCGAAUUAGUGGCGCGAGAUCAAAGGGCGAGCAAAGAUGUCAUUAAAGCUAUCAAGAAAAGGUUGGGCAGUACAAAUGCAAAUAUACAGUUGUAUGCAGUUCUGUUGUUGGAGAUGCUGAUGAACAAUAUAGGUGAAAGGAUCCACACACAAGUGAUAGAAUCAGGAAUUCUCCCUAUUCUCGUAAAGAUAGUGAAGAAAAAGACUGAUUUCCCCGUUAGAGAGAGGAUAUUUCUUCUUCUUGAUGCCACACAGACAUCUCUUGGUGGUGCUUCUGGGAAGUUUCCGCAGUAUUACUAUGCGUACUAUGAUUUAGUGAGUGCAGGAGUAAAGUUUCCUCAAAGGCCUCAGGCUGCAACUUCAGAUCGUCCAACCAACCAAGCAAGCACUAAGAGACAAGCUGCUCCAGCUUCGUGGGCAUCUGAAAAUACUUGUUCUACAGUUGACGUGGCCUAUUCCCAGGAUAAUGGGACCACGCAGCAUAUAACAUCACAAUCUGUUCCUGAAUCAAGUAUUAUUCAGAAGGCUAGUAAUGCAAUGGAGGUUUUGAAAGAAGUGCUUGAUGCUGUUGACCCUCAAAACCCAGCGGCUGCAAAAGAUGAGUUCACCCUUGAUCUUGUCGAGCAGUGUUCUUUCCAGAAACAGCGAGUGAUGCAUCUUGUCAUCACAUCGAGGAAUGAGAAGGUAAUUUCUCAAGCAAUCAAAUUGAAUGAUCAGCUCCAGAAAGUACUUGUAAGACACGAUGCCCUUGUAUCAAGCAGACCCAUUACAAGCAUGAAUCAUUCCAACAAUGACGUAGUGGUGGAGGAGGAAGAGGAAGAGGAACCAGAGCAACUCUUUCGAAGGAUUCGAAAAGGGAAAGCAUGCGCAGGGCCUGAAGAUGAAGAGGGUAGUAGAGAUAAGUGCUCUCCUCGGGAUCUGUACGAACCACCCUUUCAGGUACCAGCUGAAAGGCUGAACCGCCCGCUCAUACGGCCACUCUCUCUGGAGCCCAACUCAAACUCGCAGCCUCCACAUCCGCCUGUCACGAUUCCGCCCCCUCCUGCAAAACAUGUUGAGAGGGAAAAAUUCUUCCAGGAGAAUAAGUUACACAGCCGCAACCCGAGCAGCUCUCGCAGUGAUAGCUUAGAUUUUAGCGAGUGAAAAAAGACGUGUGGUUUCGAAUUUUUCGAUGAAAGGAUUUGCCUCUACUUUUCUCAUUUGUGGCUGAGGGUAUUGCAAAAGGCUAUGGAAGUGACUGAGUUUGUGCUCUGCAAAUGGUGUUGUUUCUGCAGUGGUCGAUCUUACUGAUGGGAUGCUACUAUAUGAUAUAGGUUUCUGUAUGGAGUGGUCGCUAACAUCGUUUAUUCGGUGUAAUUUGCUGCAGUAGAAUUCAUCUAUUUGGGGGCCGAACUGUAAACUCUCUAACAUCUUGAGGAAUUAUUGCAAUGUAAAGUAUGCCAAGUAUAGAUUUACUGUCAAA